GACAAUUCCAUUCAUAUUAUUUCUUAGAAAGUCCAGCGUAAACUUUUGGCAUUCACUCUUCCUCGUCUAUAUUUCCAUAAACAAUUAAAACCGAUACCAAUUCUCCAACACUAAAAUGUCUCGCCCAGAAGAUACACUCCCCCCCGACCUCCACUACAAUGACACCGAAGCGCGCAAAUACACCACCUCCUCCCGAAUCCAAAAUAUCCAAGCGAGCAUGACCAACCGGGCCCUCGAGCUCCUCGACCUCACCACUCCCUCCCUCCUCCUCGACAUUGGCUGCGGCUCCGGCCUCUCAGGCGAAAUCCUCUCCGCCGUGCCCGAAGAAGAAGGCGGACCGCAUAUUUGGGUUGGAAUGGAUAUUAGUGCUUCUAUGCUCGACAUCGCAUUACAGCGAGAUGUAGAGGGUGAUUUGAUGUUAAGUGAUAUUGGCCAGGGCGUUCCAUUUCGAGCCGGAAGUUUCGAUGCUGCGAUUAGUAUUAGUGCGAUUCAAUGGCUGUGCAAUGCGGAAAGUAGCGAGGUCUCGAGUGCAGGACGACUUUCGAGGUUUUUUGGAGGAUUGUAUGCUUCGUUGAAGAGAGGAGGGAGAGCUGUGUGUCAAUUUUACCCGAAGAAUGACCAGCAAAGAACGAUGAUUACUGGUGCUGCUAUCAAGGCUGGUUUCGGAGCGGGUAUUUUGGAGGAUGAUCCGGGAACGAAAAAUGCGAAGUUGUACUUGGUUUUGACAGUUGGUGGAGGAGAUGUGGAAACUAGUAAUGGAGAUAUUACGGGAAUAGUGAAGGGAAUGGAUGGAGUUGAUGUGUUGGAUGCUAGGAAGAAGCAUAGAGAGAAGGGUAGAAAGGAUGUUAAGAAAGGUAGCAAGGCAUGGAUCUUGGGAAAGAAGGAACAAAUGGAAAGAAAAGGAAAGGUGGUUAAGAAUUCGAGUAAAUAUACAGGACGGAAGAGAAACAUUGCUUUUUAAAAGGCUUGGUUGGAAAAGUUCACGUAUGUAUUUGCAUGCAAUGGCGUUGGGGUGACUGGGGUACGGAGUGUCUAUGAUAUCAGUUAUUUUAACAACAAUGAAAGACAUAUUUUGUGGAACA